CCAACACCAAGCCGGCAGGCAGGCACAGCUCCUCUCUAGGAAGAAACCCCGACACGGAAUAGUUGCCGACAAAUGCCUUGAGCUGCCUCUGCCUCUUCCUGAUCCCAGCUCUUACCCUGUCCAUUACUUCGUGCACGCAGUCACGUUAUCACCAGGGUUCAACAUGCAGCCUCUGACGGGGCCCACAUCUGUAUCGAAAAGGAAACAGGCAUGCAAGAGCUGCCGGCAGCGAAAGAAGCGGUGCGAUGGAGAACGACCUACAUGUGCUUUGUGCAAGAAAUGGGGCUUGAGAUGCGAGUAUACGAUACCUGCAUCGAACAGGGUUGAGGAUUAUGCACCGCCCACUCAGUAUGCUGGGACGCUGUUCGGGGGCCAGCCUAUUAUUCCUCCCGGUUUUGGACAGGAAGGAGCCAUGGGCUUCAUGCAGUUCCCUGGCAUGAAUUUCGAUUUACCAGCGCCUGGACUGCAAGACAAUACCUCCUUACAGGCGGGUUAUCCGACGCCGAGAACAGGGCAGGAAAGCGUGGAGACUUCGAAUGGAAUCGACCUUGAGCAAGACAUCUUCGCCAACGCUGGGCUUCCGUCCGAUGACGUCCUGAUUGAGUUGGUCGAUAUCUUUUUCGAACGGCUCUACUAUAUGUUCCCUUGCUUCCACAAGGCCACGUUCAUGACACAGCUACGGAACCACGAGAUCCAGACCCACGCGCCAUUGUUGCUCUAUGCAAUCUGCUGUCUGGCAUCGACAUACCAUCCUGAUCCAAGCAUCAAGAAUCGCCAGAAUGACUGGUACGAACAGGCCAAGUUCACAUACGAGCUGACCAACCGCCGACCGCACCCGGCGCUGCGCACCAUUCAGGCAGUGCUUUGCUUGGUCGUUCAUGCCUUUACCAUCGGCGACUUCUCGGCGAGCUGGUUGUUUCUUGGAAAGGCAUGGAGGCAAGCUGUGGCGCAUAGUAUGCAUCGGAUGGACUCUUACCCGGCGAUGAUGAUGGGCAUCCAUGUCGACCAUGAGAAAUUUUACGACCUGGAGAGAGAAGGGGGCAAAACGGCUGUUGAGAAAGAAGAAUACAGACGCACGCUUUGGCUGCUCUUCAUGUGGGAUCGGAAUUCCUCGUGGCCCACAGCGUGGCCGUUCGCGAUCGAUGAACGUCAAUUCAAGGUAGACAUCCCGGUUGCGAAUUCCAUCUUCCAGGACAUGACUUCCGAGACUGAAAUAGGCGCGGUCAAGAACACGGCUUUCACGACGAACUUAAAAAGCUUGAAUGCCUCAUCUUCAUCUGCAAAGGAACCCCUCAACCUAUUCCACUACAUCGCUAUAGCCCACGUCUUACUCGGCCGGGUCGCCGAACUAAUACAUUCCCUCCACCUCACACCAAAUAGCCCCGAGUACGCCGAGCAGAACGAUGAGCUGGAUGUUUGCAUCGUUAAAUUCCGUCUCAGUCUCCCACGCACUGCUACCUCCGUUCUAGAUGCAGCAGCAGAGGAUAGAGGCCACGUCAUCUGGCUGAACCUGACGCUGAACACAAUGACGAUACUACUACAUUACCGCUGCGCUUCGUUCGUGGACCGCCCCACCGCAAACGAGUGUUUCACGCGCGCCAUAAUAGCCGCGAGGAACACGGUGCAGAUAAUUAAAGACGCCGCCCAAACAUCCAUCGAUCUGCUCCUUAACGCACACAUCGGCUCCUCUCUGUACGUCGCCGCUUGUGUUCUGGUGAUCCAGUGGCGCAUCACUGGCGACGAAAGCUUCGAAUCAGAUAUUGAGCUGUUCACCCUCCUCUUUGAAAGAAUGACUGAUAUGUAUAAGUUCCUUGGAAUGAAGUUCAAGUUGGGGCUUGAGCAUGAUGUGAAGAGGAGUAAGGAGAGCGUGGUGGAUUUGAAGGAUAGGGGAUUCAGAGGACUGAUGGCUGACUGCUCCAAGUGGCGACAUGUUCAAGAAGAGGUUGCCAAGAUAGGGCUAACGGUCACAUAAAAAUGCCAGCGAAAUUCGACUCCGAAACGAUUGACCAGCCUUCGUCGAAUCCCAGGAUCUCUCCC